CUGAGCGGCUCUUCCGUCCUUUAAUCUCAUUUAACGUGCAGUCUCGUAUAUUCCGUCUUUUCUAUUGUAUAUUGUAUAUUUAUUUCUAAACAAAUAGAUUGUAUGUGUGUAUAUAGACAGUAUAUAUUGUAUUGGAGUUGUGCGUUCAGCAGGACUUUCAAGGAUUAUUCUGUUUAUAAUUGUUAAAUCUUACAAUCUUAGUAUAGUCUUUUAUAAUAAUCUUUGUUUUGAAAAUGUCUGGACCAAAUGGUGAUCCCCAUAUUUCAGCGGAUGAUGGAAUAAUCGAUGAUGAAGAUGAAUUCAGUGAAGAAGAAUAUGCAGCGAUCAACUCCAUGCUGGACCAGAUCAACUCGUGUCUGGAUAAUAUCGAGGAGAGGAACGACGCUCUGAACGGAAAACUGCACGAGCUGCUGGAGUCCAACAGAGAAGUGCGGCGAGAGUUCAGAGAGCAGCUGACGGAUGGAGACACAGAAGAACAUCCUCCUCCUCCUCCUGAUGAAGAUCAAACAUCCACAGAAACACUGAAUGAAGACUAGUGACGUCUACGCGUGUUAAUGCGUUCACAUGUAAAUGACACCUGCGGUACCUUUUUCAGGUCUUAAUAGGGUAGAAAAACACAUUUUGUUGUUAUGACCAUUUUCCACAUUUUUGUGGAAGACUGAGAAUUACAUAGUGACCCAAAAAUAAUGUCUUAUAUUUGGGCUUCUUCAAAGUUAAUGAAUGUAGUGUGUUUGUCCUUGCAUUUAUGUUGUUUGUGUGUAAACUGUGCGGUUUUAAAUUAUUGUUUAUGGAUGUAGGAUUGUGUAAAUAACGAAAAAGCCCUUGUAAUCAUCUAAUAUUUUAAUAGAAAUUAAAACAAGCCGAAUGCAGAAAAAUAAACAAAACCUCCGUCUGCUAUAAAACACUUGUUUGUUCAGUUGUUGAAUUAAAGUAGGAUGCAAAACACAACUUCACUGUGGUAGUUUGAAUGGACUGUUGUCAUGUGGCUGUGGGUUCGACUCGCCGUUUUCAUGAAGCUAAAAAGGGUCAAAGUUAUCUGGAAGAGUUUAAACAUUCAUCUGUCCACAGUUAGACAAACUGUCUAUAAAUGGAGAUGAUUUAGUACUAUAGGUACUCUCUCUAGAAGUGGCUGUUAGAUAUUCAUCUGUCCACAGUUAGACAAACUGUCUAUAAAUGGAGAUGAUUUAGUACUAUAGGUACUCUCACUAGAAGUGUCCGUUAGAUAUUCAUCUGUCCACAGUUAGACAAACUGUCUAUAUAUGGAGGUGAUUUAGUACUAUAGGUACUCUCACUAGAAGUGUCCGUUAGAUAUUCAUCUGUCCACAGUUAGACAAACUGUCUAUAAAUGGAGGUGAUUUAGUACUAUAGGUACUCUCUCUAGAAGUGGCUGUUAGAUAUUCAUCUGUCCACAGUUAGACAAACUGUCUACAAAUGGAGAUGAUUUAGUACUAUAGGUACUCUCACUAGAAGUGGACGUUAGAUAUUCAUCUGUCCACAGUUAGACAAACUGUCUAUAUAU